AAGAAAGAGCUGAGACCAUACUACACCUCCUGAAGCACAGGUUUCCUGGAAUCCCACAGUCAGCCCUGGACACAAGCAAGAUUCAAUAUAACAAGGAUGUGGGACAAUCUGUACUUGAGAGCUACUCAAGAAUCCUGGAGACAUUGGCCUUCACAGUUAUGUCAAUGAUUGAGGAUGUUCUCCUUGCCGACCAGCUUGCACAGGAUCCCAGCAAGAACUCUAACAGGAAGCUUUCUCUAUCAGAUUCAGAUUGGGCGCCGCUGAAGAAACUGGAUCCUAUAGAAGAGAUGAAGAAGCUAGACUUAAUGGAAUCACCGACGGCAACUACACUUUCAGAUUUCAUGGGGUGGAGUUUGGACCAAGAUUUAGAAAAUGACAAGCAGAAGCCAGCUGGUAGCCCUGAGGAUAUCUUAGGUUUAGACGAGUUGAAGCUGAAGAAGCCUCCUAAUGUUGUUACUCAGAAGAAAUUUUCUUAUAUAGAGAAGCUUGAGAAUUUUGGUGGCUGGGGAAGUCCGGCAGCUCGCCGUUAAAGCUGGUCAAAGUAGGGGGAGGGGGGAAGAGAGAGAGAGGAAGUGUGAAUUGACAAAACUCUAAAUUCCAAUGUGUAUAGUGAGAAGCACACAAAAUGCCUCAAAGUUUUGAAGAUGAAAAAUCUUCUCUUCUUUUUUGCCUUUCUUUCCUUCUUUAUGGCAAGUGCUUCGAAUGCUUUUGAAGUUCUUUGAGUGUUUCCUUUUGUUGAGUACUUGUUUUUAUACUCUUCAUUUUUUUAUACUCUUUUAAUGAUAUGUUGAUCUUUAUGACUUUUAA